AUGCCCAAAGGAAGAAAGCCUCAAGAGACAAGCUCGAAAAAUGCCUCCAAAUCUGAUUUGACCUCUGCGUCAGAACAAAAUGUGAAGAUCAUGAAGAAUGUUGAGUCGGGUGAUACUCAAGUAAAAAGAUCACCCCGCAACCGUCGUAUAAUGGAACGAGUGGAAAUGCUAGCGCGACCGACCGCGAGGCGCCUGCGCUGCUUGUGGGAUGAAAAAUGCGCCAUAUUGCCCCCGGAAAGGAGAAAUAAAAUUAAGAGUGCGUUGGAGGAGGAUUACUUUCUAAGUCCCGAACAAACGGAGCAAUAUUUCCAAGCGCUGAGCGGUUCUUCGAAGCACUGGUCUGGCCCAGGGGGUAUGGUAAAUCGUAAGGAACACGCUGACAAGGUUCGGGAGUUGCGGCAGAGGCAGAAGUGGCUCAUUAACUUUAGUGCCCAGGUUGCCUAUCGCCUUUGUGACUAUAUAGCGAAGGGACAGAAGGAAAUCUUGGUCUCCAAUAGACUCAGGAGCAUCGCUGAUGUGGUUCUAGAGAGAGUGGCUGAAAUACUUGGAGAAGCAAAACCAGCGCGAACGGACCCGGGUCGCCUGGCCCGGUUCAUGGUGGCCAUAUCCGACCGGAUCGCUGUCUGGAUCGAAAAUGCCGUGUACAGAGCUGACGCUAUCGAACCGAAGGAAUCCAGCGUCGAUGAGCAUAUGAGGCUGGACACGGAGAAACCACUCAUUUGUUAA